AUGGCCAAAGAGGAUGAGAUCAAGACGAUGAAGCUAUACCACCAUUUGGAUCGCAUCGAGUCUCGAUUGCUUGCGCAUCGCAGUGGCUGCAAAGUCGAUGUUCUGGAGCUGCAGCCUGGUCUCAGUGAAGCAGGUAAAGAGCUGACUCGACGUUCCGGACUGGACAACCAGGUGACGCACUUGAGCGGUGAUUUCUUGGAACUCCCAGUGCAGCACAAUGAAUACGACAUUGUGGUGGACGACUUUUUCCUUUUUGGAGACAAGUUGACGGAGGAAGAUCAACGCACGCUAAAGCAGGAUAUCUACUGCCCGACCUUGCUGCGUAAUGAGGAGAUUACGGCUUUCUUGAUGAUGUGCGGCUUUUUGAGACUCUAG